AUGAGCGAAGGCCAGAUACUUAAUGUGUGGAAGGACAACCUCCAUGGAGAAAUGAAAAAGAUAUCCCAGCUUAUAAGCAGAUACAACUACAUAAGCAUGGACACGGAGUUUCCAGGGGUUGUAGCGAAGCCUGUUGGAAGCUUCAAGUCGCCCUCCUCGUUUGCGUACCAGCAGCUGAGAUGUAAUGUGGACAUAUUGAAUAUCAUCCAGCUUGGGAUAUCUCUGAGCGAUGGGGAAGGAAACCGGCCAUGCCCCAUAAGUACGUGGCAGUUCAACUUUGCAUUCAGCCUGGAAACAGACAUGUAUGCACAGGAGUCGAUUGAUUUGCUGAUCCAAGCCAAAAUAGACUUUAAGGAGCACGAGAGGAGAGGAAUCAGAGUGGAAGAGUUUGGAGAGGUUCUAAUGACCUCGGGAUUGGUGAUGUCUUCAGACGUUGUAUGGGUUUCGUUCCACUCCGCCUAUGACUUUGGAUAUCUUAUCAAGAUCCUGACAUGCAACCCUCUUCCGGAAAGAGAAGAGGACUUUUACAGGUUCCUCGCAGCUCUGUUCCCAGAUUUCUACGAUAUAAAGUUUCUUGUACAGAACAGCAGAUAUCUGAAGAAGGGACUUCAGGAGAUAUCCAACGACCUCGGGCUUGUGCGAGAUGGAAUUCAGCACCAGGCGGGGAGUGAUGCACUUCUGACAUCCCACGCGUUCUUCAAGACCAAGGAGGUUCUUUUCAACCGAAGCAUCGGAAAGGAUCUCAUGUGUAAGUUGUUUGGAAUUGAGGUCAAAGACCCCCUACAGUAA